UAUGAAUCUGAAGAUUUUUUUAUCUGUCAUCUGUCUCUCUUUACCAAUUUAGAUACCAACAGCGUUCAACUCAUUGUCUUGUACUUUAUUACUCGAACCACAUAUUCUGCAAAAUGAAUUGUAAAUUACCGUUAAUACUAAAGAUCUCUACCGCGGGUUUAUUUUUUUCCAUGGCUUAUCCCUCGAGAGUAUCCCUUGAGAAGCUUCCAAGAGAGGCUGUCUAUCAAUAGUGCAGGUACAUUAGCUCUUCUACCUUUUAUCUUUUCAAGCCUAACUGAACUUUCAAACAGACCUGUAUUAAAUAUAUUUCGUCAUCGAACAAAUAAUUUUAAUUUUCAAUCGCACGUUCGUACAUACACUUGUUAGACAAACGGACGUUACACGCAAUACGAUUCUAACAAUGAAUUUAUAAUCACGUUAAAUUUGUCUCGUACGUAUUUCGGUGAUCAUCUCAUUCCAUCCGUUUUUCAGCAGCUGAAACAGCUUAAUUCGAUCGCAGCGGGACAAUAGCUCGGUCGCAAAUGUCGACAUUCCCGGUUGCUGAUCUCUUUCUUGCCCACGCGAUCUUUUUCCCUGCCACGGCUCUCCCACAUUCGGUUCUAACCUGACCGCAUUCCAGGAAGAAUCUGUGUCUCCGCCUAUCAGAAUACACUUUACAUCGUUUUCGACGCGCGAAACUACAGCGUCACUUCAAGGCGAACAAAGGGAAACAAGUUCUAAAGCAAAAUUCAGCGUAUAACCAUUUGGUCAGCCAUGUCGAUAAAUUAAUGUUUUUCAAAAAAAAAAAAAUAAAAUAAAAUUCCUGUACACAAAGGUAAUUUAAACUCCAGUUAAUUAUCUGGUGAUAAUGUAAAUUAAUUUAAGUAAAUUAACGUGCUGUUAGAAGUGUAGAUCAGAGAAAUGUCUACUGGAACAGAAUUAUUAUCCACAGCGAAACCACAUCUUAUUCCAGGAUAUGCCGGAUAUUGUCCUCAAUAUCGCUAUAGAUGUGGCGAAACAUACGGAAGUCUCACGCACAAAUUACUUCUUGAUCCCACAGUAAAUCAUGCGGAGACUCUCAUUUUGUCGAAUCGUGUCACCGACGAUUAUGAAGUCCAAAGACCACCAAAAGACGACAUAGAUACAGUAAAUGCUAGAUAUAAAACGACUGAUCCUAUAUUCAUUCAUCCUAUAAAACCAGGAUACGAAGGAUUUACUCCAAAGUUAUUGGCCAGAAAUGGACAACGAUACACGGUGCUUGCUACAGAAGGGCUUGCCGAAUUUGAACGACAACAAUUACGAAAUAAAGCAGCUCUUAAUGAAGUUAAAAAAAUUGUCGCCAUACAAAGUGGACAGGGCGAACCAAGAAACUUGGAAGAUCGUUUGCUCAUAAAAAGUGAGUACAAACUACCUAUGCUAACAGUUCGACCUGAUUGCGUGGGUGUAAUGAGGAAUUUAUUUUUGGACGAACAGUACGAAACACCCAGAGAUCACGCCCCAUCCCCUUACUUCAUGGACAAUGCAAACCCAGAGAAACAUUUUAUGAGUGGAUAUACGGGUUAUAUACCAUACGGAUAUGCGCAUUUUGGAAAAACAAAUGUUGCCGCUACGAAUAGUGCCCUUUGUGAUUUUACAUCUGAUUAUCGAAAACGACAAAGUACAGAAUGGGCACCAGUAACAAUUUCACGACCUGAUCCACCACUUAUAAUCGAACCCACUACUAUUUACCACAAACAUGUUGGCAUGCUUCCAAAUUAUCUUGGGCACAUCCCUGGAGAAACGUUCAGAUUUGGCAAAACUUUCGGAGCUGACACCAAAGAUGCGAAAAGAUGGCUUCGUGGCGAUUUCUCUGCAUAAAAUAUGAUGUACAAUAAUCUUACGAAUACGAAUAUUUUAAUACAACAAAA